AUGAGAGGAGCAGAUAUAAAUACUACUCACUACCUGAACUUGCGUGAUAGAUCUAAGAGCCAGGAAUAUAGUAACAAAAUAGCUGAAAAAUACUAUACCAACGAUCAGGAGCUUGGAAACUCUCCUUUAGAAGAACAAUGGAAGAAAUUGAGAGACAUUAUAACUGAUAUCUCGUUUGAAGUUCUGGGUGAAAGGGGCCGGAAAAAGAGAACAGAACAUCUCUCAAAGGAUACUAAGAAUCUCCUAAAAGAACGAGGUGAGAUUAAAAAGAAACCUAGUACUGCUGAGAAUCGUGCUAAGUACUCGCAGAUUAACGGUCUUGUUAGGCAGAACUGUAAAAGAGAUGAUAAUGCCUGGGCUGUUAGAGUAGCUGAGGAAUUGGAAGAGGCUGCCAAGCAGGGUCAACAAAGAGAUGUUUGGCAGAAAAUAAAAUCCCUUACAAACAAGAGAGUAAACAGAUCUGCGGCAGUGCGGGAUAAGAAUGGGACACUUAUAUCAGAUCCCGAAGCUCAGUCACAUCACUGGGCCGAAUAUUUUGAAGAACUCUUGACGCCAGCAGCAGAUGCGGUGGAUUUCUCUCUAUUGGAUGAGGACGAAAAGGUACUUUCUUUUGAAUAUCUUAGUAAUGAUGAUGAGCCACCGUCCUUGUUUGAAAUUGAGGAAGCUAUCAAGAAGUUGAAGAACUACAAAAGUGCUGGAAUUGAUGAAAUUUCAAAUGAGCAGUUAAAGUAA